UCUGCCUCUCUCAGUACGCUCAUCACGGGGGGGGAUUUUUUUUUUUUAACUGCAUUUGAAUGUGCCGACUUCCGUUUCCCCGUUUUCUAUUUAAUCCAUGGGUAAGAUCUGUUUUCCUUCUUCUCUUUAGGGGAUAAACGGGGUGAACAAGCCGCUGCGAGUAUUUUUUUUGUUGCUUCGUUUAUCCCUGGAUGCAGCUCAUUUAGAGCAGCGUUGGACUGAGCUGAGGAGGGACAAGGCAGGGGCGUUUGGGAGAAGAGGGGGAAGAAGGAGCCAUGGGUGUGCAAAAGGAAGACGUGGAAAAGUUCCUCAACGGGAAUCCUGCGUUUGCAAAACAGUACUUUGCCAAAAAGAUGAGUCCUGCCUCCAUAUCGAAGGCGUCGGGUCUGCCGGAGAAACAGAUCGACUUCAGCCAGCUCCAGGAGCUCAGUCAGGUUGAGGAAAGCCAAAUAAUGUACGACCUGAUCAAAGACAUGCAGGAGAGCAUUAACGUGGAAAAGGUGGUCUUCAAGAUCCUGAAGAGAAUCAGCAUGCUCAUCCACGCCGACCGCUGCAGCUUGUUCAUGUACCGGCAGCGGAACGGCAUCGGCGAGCUCGCCACGCGGCUCUUCAACGUCAGCGCGACGGCAGAGCUGGACGACUGCGUGGUGCCUCCGGACUCCGAGAUCGUCUAUCCACUGGACAUGGGAAUAGUCGGCCACGUGGCCCAGACCAAGAAGACUGUCAACGUGAAAGAUGUGCGAGAGAACCAGUUCUUCAGCUCAUUCGUCGAUGACCUCACAGAGUAUCAGACCAGGAACAUUCUGGCGACGCCCAUCCUCAACGGUAAAGACAUGGUGGCAGUGAUCAUGGCCCUGAACAAGACCACGGGGCCACAUUUCACUGCCGACGACGAAGACCUUUUUUUAAAGUAUCUGAAAAUUGCCACGUUGAACUUGAAGAUCUACCAUCUGAUUUACCUGCACAGCUGCGAGACGCGUAAAGGACAGCUGCUGCUGUGGUCUGCCAACAAGGUGUUCGAGGAGCUGACGGACAUCGAGCGACAGUUUCACAAAGCCUUGUACACAGUCCGAGCCUACCUCAACUGUGACCGCUACUCUGUUGGCUUACUCGACAUGACGAAGGAAAAGGAGUUCUUUGACAUCUGGCCAGUGUUGAUGGGGGAGCAGCCACCUUACUCUGGCCCUGUAACCCCAGACGGCAGGGAGGUCAUUUUCUACAAAGUGAUUGAUUAUAUAUUACAUGGAAAAGAAGACAUCAAAGUAAUACCGGGCCCGCCCGCAGAUCACUGGGCCUUGAGUAGCGGCCUGCCAACUUAUGUGGCUGAGAGCGGUUUUAUUUGUAACAUAAUGAACGCUGCUGCUGACGAGACGUUCGCGUUUCAGACUGAGCCACUUGACAACAGUGGCUGGACCAUAAAAAACGUUCUCUCGUUGCCAAUUGUCAACAAAAAAGAAGAGAUAGUAGGCGUGGCCACGUUUUACAACAGGAAAGACGGAAAGCCUUUUGAUGAGCAGGAUGAGCAGCUGAUGGAGGCUUUGACCCAGUUCCUGGGCUGGUCGGUUUUGAACACAGACACUUACGACAAGAUGAACAAGCUCGAGAAUCGGAAGGAGAUUGCUCAGGACAUGGUGCUGUAUCAUGUCAAAUGUCGGGAUGAUGAGAUUCAGAAUAUCCUGAACACCAGAGAGCUCUAUGGCUGUGAGCCCGCACAGUGUGAAGAGGAUGAGCUCCUAGGCAUCCUGAAAAAAGACCUACCUCCCUUGAUUAAGAAGUUUGAGAUCUACGAAUUCCGCUUCUCGGAUUUUAACUGCACAGAGAUGGAGCUGGUGAGGUGCGGGAUCCAGAUGUACUAUGAGGUCGGAGUGGUCAAGAAGUUCCAGGUCCCUCAAGAGGUGCUGGUUCGGUUCAUGUACUCAGUCAGUAAAGGCUACAGACGAAUCACCUACCACAACUGGCGUCAUGGCUUCAACGUGGGACAGACCAUGUUUACACUAUUAACGACGGGAAUGCUGAAGCGAUACUACACUGACUUGGAGGUAAUGGCCAUGAUAACUGCAGGCUUCCUGCAUGAUAUUGAUCACAGAGGGACAAAUAACUUGUACCAAGUCAAAUCUGGUAACCCUCUGGCCAAACUACACGGCUCCUCCAUCAUGGAGCGACACCAUCUAGAGUUUGGAAAGUUCCUCUUGGCUGACGAGUCACUGAACAUCUACCAGAACCUCCACAGGCGCCAGGUGGAGCAUGUCAUUCAUCUCAUGGACAUCGCCAUCAUCGCCACCGACCUGGCUCUUUAUUUCAAGAAGAGAACCAUGUUUCAGAAGAUCGUGGACCUUUCGCACACAUAUGAGGAUGAAAAGAAGUGGGUGGACUUCAUGUCUCUAGAAACAACCAGGAAAGAGAUCCUCAUGGCCAUGAUGAUGACCGCAUGUGACUUGUCCGCCAUCACAAAGCCUUGGGAGGUGCAGAGCAAGGUUGCUCUGUUGGUAGCAGCAGAGUUUUGGGAGCAGGGGGACCUGGAGAGGACUGUACUGGAACAACAACCCAUUCCCAUGAUGGACCGGGCCAAGGCAGCUGAUCUUCCAAAACUACAAUGUGGUUUCAUUGACUUCGUCUGCACGUUUGUCUACAAGGAGUUCUCUCGCUUCCACCCACAAAUCCAGCCCAUGCUCGACGGCAUCCUCAACAACAGGAAGGAGUGGAAUGCUAGGAAAGAAGAGUAUGAAGCUAAACUCAAAGUGAUAGAGGAGGAGAAGGCUGCUCGAGAGGCGGCGGCAGCCGGAAAAGGUACUGCAAAUAACCCCAGUGGUGGUUCUGGCUCCAAGACAUGCUGCAUGUGUUAGAAGGUAAAAAAAGAAAAUGCUGGACAUCAUGCUUUGUACAUGAUGGUAGUGCACUCGGACAUUUAACAACGGACUGACUUCAGCAUUACCCUCAGAAUCGCAGACAGACAGUCAGUCAGUCAGUCAGUCAGUCAGCCAGUCAGCCAGCCUCACCGCCAAGGGAAAAAUGCAAAAAGUAUUUCUUCAAAAGAAAAACUUGAACAAGGAGAGAAUCCUCACCAAGAAGAGCAUUGUCUUAUUUUGAGGGGACAGAAAGCAGAAGAGCAUUAAAAUACAUAAAUAAAUCUUCAAAACAGGGAUGGACAUCGGAAAAACAUCAUAAACUGCCAGUGAUGACUAGUGCAUGUAUGUCGGCUUGCACUUUAGGCAGAAAUACUCACCCGUCUUUGAAUUCUAAAAAUGUAAAUAUGAGACAAGAGUCAAGGUUGAUUUUGAAUCUCAGCUUUGGUGUCAUCCUCACCCAGAACCAGUUUCCUGAUAUUUGAGGACUAAGUAUGGAUUAUGUAAGAAAGUAAUUCUUAUCUGCAAAUUUUGUGUCACUGUAGAUUGUGUGUCAUGUUUGGAGCCAUAAUUUCAACCAUACUGUAUAUUGCAUUUAAUGUCAUUCGUUUUAGGUUUAUAAAUUCAGAUCAUGGGUAGAUAGAUACUAUUAUUGACCUACUGUACAUUUAUUCCGAAAUGAUAAUAUAUCAUUUCAUGUUCACUCCUUCCAGUCACUUAACAUUUACAAAUGAGAGUUUGUUUACCUUGAUUGCAGAGAGCCAGAGGUAGUAGACGAGCUCAGGGCUGCUCUAUUUUUUCUCUCAUCCCAAUCCCCUUUUGUUCUGCUUCAUAUUUGCGAGGAGUAUGGUUACUUUGUAGGAAUGUUAAGGUAUUUAAAGCCUGUAGCUGCUUUCUCAUGAUGCCUUCUUACUGUAAAUACAUCUGACAGAGUAGCUGAGAAUGUUAUGUUUUAUUAAUAUUAAAAAUGUCUUAAUAUAAUAGAGCAUAUUGAAUCCCAGUUAGACUGGAAAUUGCUGGUUUGAGAUAAGAUACAUUUUAAAGCUUAAGGCAAAUAUCUUUCUCAAACAACUGCUAAUAAGAAAAGAAGGAAUCAUUAGUCCCGGAUGGAAAAUCCAUAGUCUUGAACAGGAGCAGGGCUGAGCCAUAACGCAGCACCUGAAGUCAUUGUCUUUAUAAUGUGCAACACGUGAAGGGGAAUGGAACCAAAAUGUGGAGGAAAUAAGAAAAUCCACAGAAAAAAAGUAUCAGGUCAAAGAGCUGAACCUAGAACAGUUUUAAGUCACUGCAGACAGACGGCGACGCUCCGUGGGAACGGAGCUGUUUGAAACAGCAAAAGAAAGCAACUUAACUUUUUGUAAAAACAUGUAAAUAUUCCCACUAUCUCUGUACAUACUUAAAAACAUAAUAUAUUUUUAGUUAAAAUAUAGAUGCUUAUUUUUUUAUUAGGAAGUUAAUGAUAUUUAAAAGUACUGGCAAUUGAGUCUUUGAGUCGUUUUGUUUCCGCCCUUAAUUAUGGUUUCAUCCUACUUGCUUCGUUUUACUGAUGUUUAAGUAUUUCACAUAUGGAACAAAAAAAAGUAAGGGUUUUUCAGAGAUGUCCAUUUGUAUUAGGCAAUACCGGCAGUACUUCAAUAUGCUGCGGACAUAUCGAUAAGAUUUUUGAAUAGAAGCUUGUCUCUUCACGUGAUCCAUGUGUACAAUGAAGACCCAAAUAAAG